AGUUCAACAAGUGUAGGUUCUGGAGGUAGAACUGCAGCCUCAGCUAAAUCGCUAUCUCCCAGAAGCGGUGGAACUGUGGCUAGACAAAGGAAACCAGGAGGCACUCCCUCAGCAGGUUCCCGUAAAACAGCAGGUAGUAGCGCUGGUAUGUGGAAAUUUUACACAGAAGAUUCUCCAGGUAUCAAAGUGGGUCCAGUUCCAGUCUUAGUCAUGAGUUUGUUUUUCAUCGCUUCUGUUUUUAUGUUACACAUUUGGGGUAAAUACACUCGGUCAUAG